AAGAGCGUGGAAGAAGAUUUGAAAUACGCGAUGACAUUUGUUCGCCUGAAUUUGAAACUAGUCGGUGCCUGGCCCACUUCAAUCACCUCAUCUCCUUAUUCGAAGAUUCUGAAGACGAUUCAAAUCAUCGUCGUCUACUUUCUAUACUUCUUGAUAAUAGUUCCAGGGUUUCUGUACAUGUUUCUGAGAACGAAUAGUGGUAAAGUUAGAUUGAAAGUACUUGGACCAAUUUUGAACUGCGGCAUGCAAUUUGUCAAAUACACCAUUCUGUUGUUCCGAGCGAAAGAAAUUAGGAAAUGUUUGGACGUGAUCAGAGAAGACUGGAUGAAUUCAAGGGAAGACGACAGGCUAAUUUUGCGUUCGAGAGCGAAACUUGGACGAAAAUUAAUAUUGACAGUGAUGAUUACAUUGUACGGUGGUGGUUUAUGUUACCGCACGAUCAUACCCCUUAUGAGAGGACCCAUUGUCACUCCCAAUAACGUCACCAUAAGACCAGUAGCCUGUGCAGGAUACUUCAUCUUCAUUAAUGAACAGCAAACUCCAAAUUACGAGAUAAUCUUCACACUGCAAUUCUUCAGCGGAAUAGUGACUUAUGCUGCGACAAGUGGCUCCUACGGUAUUUUUACCUUACUCGUUCUGCAUAUGUGCAGUUUAUUGAGGAUGUUGACGAAAAAAAUGAAGGAGCUUGAUGCAAGGUCCGAUUUAAGCGAGCAAACAGUGCAAAAGAGGAUCGUGGAUAUCGUGGAACACGAGAGAAAAAUAAAGGAACUUUUAAGGAAUGUUGAAGCCAUCAUAGAAUACGUCUGUUUCGUGGACAUCGCUGGCAAUACGUGUCUCAUAUGCUUAAUGGGAUAUCGUAUCAUCACGGAAUCAGAGAAGAACGACGCAACAUUUAUAAUAAUUUGCAUCACCUUACAAAUAUCUUUUAUCUUAUGUUCGUUCAUAUUGUGUUACAUUGGUCAACUUCUUGUUAAUGAAAACGACGUUCUUGGCAUGACAUCUAUUACGAUAGAUUGGUAUCGUCUUCCAGUAAAGAAAGCUCGUUGCUUAAUACUGAUCAUCGCCAUGUCUAAUUAUCCGAUGCAACUCACAGCAGGCAAAGUUGUUGCAAUAUCUUUAGUUACUUUUACCGACAUCAUGAAGAUGUCAAUGGCAUAUUUGAACAUUCUGCGAGAAAUUGUUUAA